UGGGUGUGGGUGUGGGUGUGUGGGUGUGGGUGUGGGUGUGGGUGUGGGUGUGGGUGUGUGGGUGUGGGUGUGUGGGUGUGGCUGUGGCUGUGUCUUCUAUUCACUCACACCCACACCCAAUAUCUCGUAAAAAAUAAUUUUUGUUUAGACACGUAGAUAGUUCGCGAUCAGAAAAUCAUGCACCAUUAUGAGGAAAGUGUUAUAAUGUUAUUUUUCUUGAAUUGUAUUGCAGGCAAGAGGCAAAAUGACAAGCGUUUCGAGUGUGACACGCCUGGCAUCGAGUGGACGAUUGUUGGAAGUAAUGCAGAUUACUUGGCACUACUUGUGCGUGAAUAUUUCGAGCCAUACAAUAAACUUGCCGAUUUCGAUAAGCUGAUACAUGAUGCUCGUCGCAAUUACAUCGAAAAAACACUGACACAGAAGUCAGAGAUAAACUACAUUGGGAAAUUAUUUGACAAAGCAGCACAGAAAAAAGAUCCGAAGUAUCUUCUUGAAGCAUAUACUGCCGAAACAGAGUUCUAUGGAGUAUUAAAUAGAAAUCUGGCGCAGGCAACAUUAGAUGGAACUGAGCCAAUAAAAAUCAACAUCAAUCAAAACUGUGCGGCGAUAGUUGGAAUUAUCGUUCAUCAUUCCUUGUUGGAUGGACUCAACUUUCACGGCAAAUCUUAUCGUGGCAUGACUAUUGAUAGGAGUGAAUUGGAAAAAUAUAAGAAAGGAACGCGUAUUCUAACUAAAUCAUUUCUUUCCUCGUCCCAAAAUCCAAAAGUUGCCACAGGAUUCGCUAAAAGUUCAGCUGUCAGCAGCACUAUUCGUGUUCUGUGUAUCUACGACAUUCGUAACCGUAGAAGUGGACUUAAUCUUGAAGAAAUAUCAAAGUUUGCAAAGGAGCAAGAAGUUCUGAUCAUGCCGUAUACGGCCUUUAAAAUCAUGGAAGUUACCCAUUUGGAUAACCACGCUAAUGAUAUCAAAGCUGAAAUAAAACUAAAAGAAUGUGAACCAUGGUGA